UUGCGCGACGGUGGUGUAGCGUGCCGCUUCUAGGUGGACCCUCUACCUGCGGAAUCACGGCAAGAGCUGCGAAGCAUCCUCCAAUUGAACGGACUUAACGAGCGCGUUGAACGAGUAAUUGAACUUUAGGCGCAGAGAGAACGGAGUCACAGGGAAUCCAAAUGAGAAUGGGAAUUGCCAAGGGGGAAUGAUAGGAUGCAAGAGGGUAAUACCGCCGUUGCGCUAGCGAUGGUGACCCCCGGAUACGAUCAGGACCCUGCGAGUGGGGUCGCCGAUUACACGACUCAUCAGGAUCAGGCCCAGUUUGAAGCCGACAAGAGGGCCGUUUAUAAACAUCCGCUCUUCCCGUUGCUGGCAUUACUCUUCGAAAGAUGCGAACAAGCGACCCAAAGCUCGGACAACUCCACGUCCGAAAGCUUCAACAUGGACAUACAGGCUUUUGUCCAACACCAAGAAAGAGACCGAAAGCCUUUCCUGAUCAAUGACCCCGAGAUUGACGGUUUGAUGAUCAAAGCGAUACAGGUGCUACGUAUUCACCUACUGGAGCUGGAGAAGGUGCAAGAGUUGUGCAAAGACUUCUGCAACAGGUACAUCACGUGUCUGAAGGGCAAGAUGCAGAGCGAGAAUCUGUUACGCAGCGACUACAGCCACCACGGGCACGACAUGGGUCCAUCGAGUGGAAGCAACGGCAGCAGUCCGUUGCAGGUGCUGUCAUCUACAGGCAAUGAUGUUGAGUCGGGAGCUAACGGAUUCAGAGUGAGCCGUGGGGACGCCGUGGCGGAGAAUGAUGGCGCGAAUUCGCACACGCGGGAAGAGAGCGUUAUUCACGAUCAAGUUUCGUCGGUCCGACCGUCUUCCGCCGUCCAGCGCUCGGGCAAAUCCACUAGCCAGGACCACGACGAUCCGCUCUCACCGUCCACUAUACAUGGAAGCACGCCUCUCUCACAAAUCGGGGCGCAUGGAUGCGCCCCGGUUAACGACAUGUAUCUCGGCCAAGAUGACAGUAGCGAGUAUCUGCAGACGAUUUCUAAUAGAAUAUAUCUGGAAGAAGCCGGAUACUGGGGAUUAGUCGCGUUGCAAGAACGAAAAAAUGUGGAAUACGCGAGUGCUGUGAAUGCUAACGAUAAAAAAUAUUUCGACAUUACAGUUGCAGCCUCGCCUUCCCCUGCGGCGAGCGAAGAUGAGGAGGAGAGUGCCAGCAAUGCAGCUUCGAAUCACACUGGGAAUCACAGAAAUAAUCAUGGUAGCGCUAGAAAGGGACGUCAGAAGCGGGGUGUCUUACCCAAACAGGCAACCAGCAUCAUGCGAACGUGGCUCUUUCAGCAUUUAGUACACCCUUAUCCAACCGAAGACGAGAAGCGUCAGAUCGCCAGCCAGACAAAUUUAACAUUGCUACAAGUGAACAAUUGGUUCAUCAACGCCCGUCGACGAAUCCUACAGCCAAUGUUGGACGGCGCAGGCACGGACGCGACAUCGCGCGCGGGGAAACGUCACAAGACUUCAAAACACGCAGUGCAGCAACAAGCAGCUCAGCAGCAACAAGCGGGCUGGCAAUCCGAUGAUUCGACGAGUGAUUCAGGUUCUAGCGAUGGUGAGGGAGGUGCUGCUAGAUCGAAAGACGGUAACGAUAGCGAUGAGGACGACCUUCACUGACCUCUGUCGAUCACCGAAACGUCAACCUCUUUACGGUACCUUCAAAUCCAGUUGCUCAUUACAGUAUUAAGAUAUUCGGGAAUAGAUAUCGCUUUAACUGUCAAAUACGUAAUUAAUCUUGUGAAAGUUAAGAAUACGUGGGUAGAGGUUAUCACGCUCUCUGAUCAUUUGAUACUUUGAUAGCGUUCAUUAGCCAACCGUCUACUUUUUUAUGACAACUGAUUAGAUUUUUAAUCUCGGCUCACAAAUUAUCCACCACAUGUUGUAAUGGACUGGGAGACGAGAACUGAGAUUGAAUAGGUACUAGAAAGAGCAGCUUACUUUUAAGUACGUUUAACUCGAACG